CAAAUAGCAUUUAAAUGCAACAACACAAAUUCGGCAAUGCACACUGAUCUCAAAAACAAGAUUGACCCAUUAAUGGAAAGUGGAGUUGUUUACUCCAUCCCAUGUGAGUGUGAUAAGGUGUAUGUUGGAAAAACAACGCAGAGAUUAAAAGACCGGCUUUACCAACACAAGAGGAGCAUCACUCAGAUCAACCCAAAUCAAGAAGAAAGAAGUGACGCCACAGCCCUGGUGACUCAUGCCAGAGAAAUGCAGCACCGGUUUCAGUUUGAUUCAGCUGAAAUUCUGGACAAGUGUGAGCACAACAGAAGGCUUGAGUAUUUAGAGAUGCUCUACAUUCACAUACACAAACAACACACGAUCAACAGAAAAGCUGAUACGGAAGGGAUCAACACCAUCUACACCUCGCUCUUACAACGAGUAAAAAUGAGACAACAACAUACUAAUGCAACAAGGGAAGAUGGAUUUCACAGCUGUGAUGAAAAUUGAUCUCAAAGGAGAGCUCAUUCUGUGUCGGUCAGUCGAAUGGUGAACAUCACAGAUCAAUUUGUGAUCAAAGUUCAAGUGCAGUGUAACAACUCCCACCUGUACGUGAUUUUCCCUGCCAUAUUCGAUACCUGAUGAAGAGGACAUCCAUCCUCGAAACGUCGUAGAGAAUAAAAUUGUGAAAAUCAAGAAAGGUUCAGUGUCUCCGUCUAUUUCCUGCUACAUUCUGUCGAACCGAAAUUCUUCUGAAACAUCUCACGGAACAAUGACGAGUUACCUGCAGUUCAUCUCGGACAACUUUGGACACAACAUUUCCCAAGACAUGAAAACUUAUAUGCGAGAACAAAGGAAGUACGCCAGAGCGACCUCAAGAAAACAGUUCCUGCUGAAAUGUAGGUCAUCUGGGAUCACUCCUUCACAUAUAAUUAACAACGUGAAAUGUCUCUAUCAAACAAUAUCUAAGGAAUCACCAUACAACAAAGACAUAGACAAUAUGAUCAAAUCAUUCCAACAUCGGAUUCUCAGCAUGGAAAUCAAAGUUACUUACUGGGAAGUCAACAGGACACACAAAAAGCUCACUGAGCUCCUACAUAAGUUGAGAUCCACGGGAAUUCCAUCAAUGUCGAGCUUCCUCACUGUUCAAGAACAAGUCUUUUGGCGGGAAUUCCAGAGAAGCACCAGCGUUCAUUCACACAAAUACAACGCUCUAUUCACAAAACAACUUGGGAAUGUGAUAAACAUGCCUGCCUCAGAUUGGGUAGUGAAUACAACAAAUGUUUCAUUACCACAAGAAUUGAAAUUACUGAUGGGCCUCAGUCCAAGGUUCUCUCUGCCAUACAAAAAUCUCCCGCCAAAAAUUGUUCUUCAUCUAUUGGCCGAGAUAGAGGAUGUGAUUCGGGCCAUGAGUGAUGAUGAUACUACCACACACAAAAACACAAUACGAUCCAGAGUAGCACACAUCAUCAAUAGCCAUCUCACUCAUCACAGAACAAAUGCACGAGAGAAGUACUUCCUCAACUUGGAGACCGUCACCAGAAGAUUCAUCCGAGAACACAGUGAAAUCAUCAUCGUAUCGUCCGACAAAGGCAACAAAACCGUAGUCAUGUGGAGGGACGAAUAUGAAGAAAAGAUGACCAACAUUGUAUCGGAUGAAACCACCUACAAAAAGACCACAGCAAACCAACUCAAUAUUGCAGAGCGUAAAAACAACACUUUAGUAAAAAGACUUUACGAAGGUGGUCACAUUGACUUCAUUACGAAAAGAGAAUUGACGACACACAAUUCAAGAACCCCUAGAAUAUAUGGACUGCCUAAAAUACACAAGACAAAUACUCCACUUAGGCCCAUUGUGUCUUGCAUAAAAUCACCAACUUAUGCAUUGUCGAAAUUUCUCAAUCAACUACUGAAGCCAAUCUCAAAUGUAGGUGGAUACAACGUGAAGGAUUCCUUCGAGUUCGUGGAAAGGGUGACAAGCUGCGAAGUUCCAGAAGGACACAUCAUGAUCAGCCUGGAUGUGGUGUCUCUAUUCCCAAAUAUACCACGUGAUUUGGCUCUGCAGAUUGUGGAAGAAUGCUGGGAUGCAGGAAGGAUCACCACAACCAUUGAUAAAAAACUAUUUCUCGAGAUCCUGAAAUUUUGCCUGGAGACCAGUUUUUUCACGUUCGGUGACCAGCAUUAUUCACAGAUGGAUGGGAUGCCGAUGGGAGGACCGCUGUCUCCAAUUAUCGCGGAUAUAGUGAUGGAUUACGCGAUAAGCAAAAUAUUGGAAAACAUCCCCAAUAGAGUGAUAUGUCUAACAAAAUAUGUCGACGACAUUUUUUGCUUAGUGCCGCGUGACAAAGUUACAGACAUUCUCUCAACAUUCAAUGGAUUCCAUCCAAAGCUCCAAUUCACUGUGGAAAUGGAAAAAGAAGGGGGACUUCCCUAUCUGGAUACGUUCGUCAUCAGAAAACCCACAAAUCUCGUGACAAUGUGGUACAAAAAGCCCAUCGCCUCAGACAGAAUGUUGAAUUUCCAUUCACAACAUCCUCUGAGACAGAAAGUAGGUACCGCUAUUGGCCUCAUAAAAAGAGUCGACAAACUCACAACUACCAACAAGGAACAUGUGAAAGACAUCGUCUUCUCGAAGCUCAGAGUGAAUGGAUUCCCGCCAAAACUCAUCAACAUUCUAUGGAAUAGACACAUUGGACAACAAACAGCUCACAAUACGACCCAAAAUGUGGAUACCAACACGGAGAUCAUCUACAAAUCGAUCACUUAUAUCCCCAGAUUAAGUGAUGCGAUUAAGAGAAUAUUGUGCACCGAAACACAAAAUCUCCAAAUAGCAUUUAAAUGCAACAACACAAAUUCGGCAAUGCACACUGAUCUCAAAAACAAGAUUGACCCAUUAAUGGAAAGUGGAGUUGUUUACUCCAUCCCAUGUGAGUGUGAUAAGGUGUAUGUUGGAAAAACAACGCAGAGAUUAAAAGACCGGCUUUACCAACACAAGAGGAGCAUCACUCAGAUCAACCCAAAUCAAGAAGAAAGAAGUGACGCCACAGCCCUGGUGACUCAUGCCAGAGAAAUGCAGCACCGGUUUCAGUUUGAUUCAGCUGAAAUUCUGGACAAGUGUGAGCACAACAGAAGGCUUGAGUAUUUAGAGAUGCUCUACAUUCACAUACACAAACAACACACGAUCAACAGAAAAGCUGAUACGGAAGGGAUCAACACCAUCUACACCUCGCUCUUACAACGAGUAAAAAUGAGACAACAACAUACUAAUGCAACAAGGGAAGAUGGAUUUCACAGCUGUGAUGAAAAUUGAUCUCAAAGGAGAGCUCAUUCUGUGUCGGUCAGUCGAAUGGUGAACAUCACAGAUCAAUUUGUGAUCAAAG